AUUAAUUUCAACCUUUUUUUGUUCUGAAAACACAUCAAAGCUAGUGUAAUUUAGUGGCCUUGACGAUAGACAGAAAAGCAAUCUGAUAAAACUUCAAAAAAAGAUCAAUUUCAUGUGAAAAAGUUCUAGUUGCACCAUCAAUCAUUCGUAACUAAUUUCAUCAGAAGCUAUUGGCUGUAAAAGAGACUCAUCCGCUGAAUAAUUUGAGCUAAGGCCCCCUUUUUUCAACCAAACAGUCAGUGCUUUGAAGCACACCGUAAUCAGUGCUUGUUACUUCAAAGACAGACAAAAUUUCACAGCCCAGAGAAAUAACAAAUAACCAAUAAAUUAUGCGUACGGUGCAAAGAGCUGAACUGCUCGCAUGAAGGUGCUUCCCUUUAUGAAUAAAUGGUCCUAUUUUAUCUUAACUUUAGGCGCAGACGACCAUACAUGUAAGAGAAUCACGUCACAGAAUUCCUAGAAAUCGAACCGCUGCUUGCUCAGCACUCCACACUAAUUUAAAGCAAAACUUUGUCAAUGUUUAUUUUCGUGAUUUGAAAGUCUUUUAGGAGCAGUGACAAUUAUUAAACAGAAUCCGAAUCCCUGGAAUUCGGUUUGGGCUUGUCAAUCAAUUUUGGCUUUAUUUUCUUUCAGUCCUACCUUUCAAGAACAGUUCAGUUCCAAAUAUAUCUUUCAGGCUUAAGAAGGCAGGAAUAAGUGCCUUUCAAAAAAGCAGCUCAAGUCAAACAAUGAAAAAGGGAGGGUCUAUUAAGAUUAAAAUCGGAUCCGAAAAAAGCACUCAAUUAUUUUUCUAAAACGACAUCUAAUUGAUUUUUUUUUGCUGAAUUGAAGUUGUGCAAUUUAAACACCAGAAAAAGGCACUUUUACUAGUAGAGAUAAAUAUGUUGUAGCAAUUUUGGUGAUAAAUUUCAAAUAAAAAACAUAUGUUGGAUUAUAGAUCAAUAAUCUGUCCUAAGCAAUUAUUAGGAAAUAAAUUUUAACUUGUAGAGAGGCCUGAAGUUGAAUCAAAUCAUCGUAAUUUAGGAUCAUUAUCUUGUCUUAAGCAGUGACUAAGAUUUUCCUGAAGUUGAGAAUUCAUCUUGAGUAUAAAGAUAAAUUUAGAAUUACCAAACCAUCAGCCUAAACUAUAGUUUUUCUGGAGAGCUCGGAAAAUCAAUUUGAUCAACUUUAAAAAAAGAUCAAGGAAUUUUUCCGAAAUUUUAGAAAAUUCUGGCCCUUCGAAAAAAUCUUUGAUCCACUUUUGCUCGAAAAUAUGAUCCGCCCCUGCAGAAUGUCCUGGGGAAAAUAUACAAUAUUAUAGUAUUGCGAUUGGUUAAUCAGUUUUUCGCAACAACUAGUCCAUUUUUGUCUCUUUCGAACACACUUAAUACCUUCAUUGGGGGUAGAUCAAAUGAUGGAAUAAUUAAUCAGGAGGGAUAUAGGAUGAGAUUAUCACCGAUAUCAAUGACCUCUCUUCCUCCUAAUGAAAUUAACACUGUCCCCGCUGAGAUUGAAAUUGAUACGAAGAAAACGAGCGGCGAGAUCCUUGCGAGUUACUCAGAGGGAGGUUUAAUUACUAAACCCAAUUAAAAAGAGAUCAUUACAGCGCAGAUUGCAAUAACACCAAUCAGCGAUACGACGAAUAAGCCCGCAGAUUCGACAGCGAGUCCAGACACAUCUCCAUACCGAGGAGUUUUUGAUAAUGAGACAUCAGCAACAAUAACGAAUUAAUCUUACAAAGAACGAAACUCAACGACUACGAAUACCUCGACUACGAUAUCGAUUCAGAGUGCUACUUUGCAUACACAAAAUCAUUCCGGUUCAUUUAUUUUUUUAAAAAAUUUAUUUGAACCUCCAGUUCUGACAUAACUCAUAAACUCAUUCAAGAAGAUACAACUCACUAAACGACCUCCAAAACAGCAAUCUACCAUCUGAUAAUCUCAUUAACAGCUCGAAAGCAUUCAAAACACAGGUUAUUACGCAACACCAUUAUCUGCAGAUUGUUACAUAACAACACCCUCUGACAUAUAUUCCAAAGGCGUUAUCCCCCACAGGUCGCGAUGAGCAGCUCGUGUUCGAGUCCCCCUCGGACUAGUUCCAGUAGCAAACACCACUCCUCCAAGAGUGUGUUCGACGGAGAGAGGAGGGUGCUGAUAGCUGUGGAUGGCAGUGCCAAUGCAGAGUACGCGUUCGACUUCUACUGCACUUUCGUGAGCAGGAGCAGAGACACUGUCAUUCUGUUCCACUUCAUGGACCCCGUUUCCACCAGUUCAGACCCCGACCUGGCUUUUGAUGAGUUGAGGCGCUACAAAGGACACUACAUGGAGGGGCUGGAGAGGAUGUUUGCAUCUAGGGCACGCAAGCAUGGACUGGACCCAGAGACAAUGAGCUUCGGAUUCAGUUGCGACCCACCCGAACCAGGAAAAGCCGUGGUAGCUUAUGUGCGUCAGAACCCAGUGGACUUAAUUGUGAUUGGCUGUCGAGGUCUGAGCAAGCUGAAAAAGGCGUUCAUUGGCUCAGUGAGUGAUUACGUAAUCAGACACUCGGGCAUUCCCGUUUUAACAGUUCCCCUCAACCAACAACAACAGCAACCGACACAUCAGCAGCGAAACAAUUCAAUGACUUAAAGCAUAUUUCAAUGUCAAUUUCCUCAUGUCAACCCGUCGCAUUUGUUAUUUAAUUUGAACCCCUAAUGUCUAAAUGUUAAUCGUUCAUAUUAUCUUUAAAAUUAGCACGAUCAUUCGAAAGAAAUAUCCCUCUUUCGGUUUUGCUUUUAAUUGGAAAAACUCGGAGCUCAUUUUUUCGA